GUAUUUGUUUUAUAAACUAUAAAUAUAAUUUAGAAUUAGACAUGAAUUGUUUGAAGAAUGACGAAAUAUUUUUUUAUUACUCAUUAAAAAUCUUCAAAACAUAGUGACAAUGCAAUUAAACGCAUUCUUUUAAAUGCAAUUUCUACUGCAAUUAUUAAAAUCGUAUUGUUUACAUAACGAACUCCAGCUACAGUGGAUUAUUUUCAUCAAACCGUCAAAUUGCGUUGUUAAUAAAGUUACUUAAUAAUGUCUGGAGAACAGUUUUCAUUAGUUUGGAAUAGUUUUCCAAGAAAUUUAUCAUCAGGAUUGUACACAUUAUUAACCGAUGAGCAAUUAGUUGAUGUAACCCUAGCUGCAGAAGGCCAAAUAUUACGUGCACAUAAGUUAAUAUUAUCAGUUUGUAGUACAUACUUCAGAGAACUAUUUAAGGAAAAUUCAUGCAAGCAUCCAAUUGUGAUUUUAAAAGAUGUUAAUUACCGGGAUUUAUCAGCAAUGCUUCAUUUUAUGUAUCAAGGAGAAGUUAACAUUAAGCAGGAAGAUAUUGCUAGUUUUCUAAAAGUUGCAGAAACUUUGCAGAUAAAGGGUUUAACUACAGAAACUGAAGAGAAACUUGAGGAAGCUUUAUCGAAGAAUGCGCAAAACUUGGAUAAAAUAUUUAAUACAGAACAGAAUAAUUCUGUUCGAUCAGAUUUAAAUAUUCGUAGCUUUGAAAAAGCUAAACAGAAUCAACAAUCUCAGGGACAAGAAAUAUCAGAAAGUAAAUUUAUUGAGAAAGAUUCGAAUGUCAAUAAUGUAUGCUGUCAACAACAUUGUACUUCUGAUUCAAGUUAUAAUAUACAAGAUAUUCACAUGACAAGAAGCGAUUGUUCUAGAGGUAUCGAGCCCGAUUGUGAUGAAGAGGAGCCAUUAGAUUGUACAGCUGAUAUAAGUCAUGUACAAUCAAAGCACGAACCAUUAGAUUAUACCCUUGAUAUUGAUGCAGAAACUGGUUAUAAAACAUAUUUGCCUAAUGAACCAUUUCAUAAACCUGAAGAAAAUCAACAUAGAAAAGAUUUUGUACCAGACAUGCAGUUAGUUCCCUACAGUCAAAAUGUGCAAUCUCAAUCAUUUGGUUUAAAUAAUAUAACUGGUCUCGAGGGUGAAUUUCCAUAUGAACUUGGCUGUCAUAAUAAAGGUCGACGAACAGUUAAAGGUAUUUCUAAUAACAGUCUACCAUUGGAAACAACGUUGCGCGUUGUAUCCGAAUUGGGACCAACUUUACGUAUGGAAAGAGGCAAAGUUAUUCGAAUGUAUUCAUGUCCAUGGUGUCUUCGGCAUUUCACGCGUAAGGAGAAUCUAAAACUUCAUGUACGUUAUAUUCACGGUCCGCUUGAAAGUCUAACUUGUGAGUUUUGUGGCAAUAAAUAUAAGAACAGUAAUAGUUUACGUGUACAUUCGUAUCUCUAUCAUAAUCCGAAACGGGAUAAACACAGUAAACCACUUGUCGAUGGUGGUGCAUGAAAUUGAAGCUUGCAAUAUACAUUUUGUUAUAUAUUAAAAAUGUAGUAACGCAUGAGAGUACAUAGCGUAUGCUAUAAUAUUGGACAAUAUUAUUUCAUUCAUAACCAAAUAGGUCUGACAUCUGUGCGCGAUUAGUAACAAUGCUGCUGAAAGUAAAAUUAUUUAAUAUUUUUUUAUUUAAGUCUAGUUUAAUCAGUAGACCGUUUAAAAAAUGUUACUGAUUUAAAAGAGUAGAGUUUUUUAUUAAUUGAUUAAUGAAACUAAUUUAAAUAUAUUAGGCCUUAUGAACAAUCAUAUAUUUUAUAUGAAACUGAUUACUGACUGUAAAUACAUAUGUAUAUUAACAUACCAUUUUGUAAAUAUAUAUACAUUUUUCACAAAAUAAAGCGACUGAUUUGUAUUAAUCAUUA